UCCUUUUCACCGAAACACAACCCCUUACUUCUCUUCUCUCCUAUCUUUCUCUCUACGUUUUAUUAUUCCUCUUCAAAGAGAAAUACACCUACGUGGAUUGCAGAAAGCAGAAAAAAAACCCAUAAAUGAGUUUCUCAUUCACAUCCAGAUUCUAGUCUUCAAUUCGAUUAGUGCGUUGGAGUCUGCUCAAGUGUUGGCAAUGUCGGAUGACAUGGUGAUGCAUUUCUCUUCGAAUUCUUCCAAUCAGUCUGAUCACUCUUUACCCGACAAAAUCGCCAAGCUCGAGGCCCGCUUGACCGGCAAAACCGCCUCCUCGGCGAAGCUACAGCCACAACAACAACAACAACAGCAACAGCAGCAGCUCUCCGGCUGGUCAUCUUCUUCCGCCGCUGUCAAAGUCGUAGCUUCCGCACCGGCAGGAUUGUCAGAGGCCUCUAUCAGUGAUUCCGACGAUGAGAAUACAGGAGAUUUCCUAAUCCGAGCCAAUACCAAAAAGCGCCAGAAACUUCAAGAGUUUAGCAACUCCAGUGUUGUUGAUUAUGCUGAGCCUCAAGAGGCUGCUUACGAUGGGAGGAAAAAUGAUGCGGAGACCAAGACAGGCCUUGAUGUAAAUAAGAAGAAACAAGGUCGAGGUCGGGGUUCAUCAACAGGCAGAGGGCGUGGUUCUAAAACUAAUAAUGAUGUGACAAAAGCUCAAUCUUUGCCUGCACCGGUCUCAGCUCCAAAGUGUCAACUGGAUGUCUCUGAUCAAAAGGAUUUUAGGCCUGAUGGACAGCUCAGGAAUGGUGAAUGCUCUCUCCAGAAUGAAGAUGUGUCGUCUUUACGUGCAAAAAUCACUAUGCUGGAGGAGGAAUUAUGUAAAUCUCGACGAGAUUCUUCUGAGUAUCACGAUCUUUUCCGGAAGCUUGAAAAUGAGGUAAAAGAUCUAAAAGAUCAGGAACAACAAGGGAAGCAAAAGACAACGAAAGUAAUAUCUGACCUUCUCAUAUCUGUUUCCAAAACUGAGAGACAAGAAGCAAGAACGAAAGUCAGACAUGAUUCUUUGCGAUUAGGCAGCGUUGGUGUACUCAGGACGGGAACCAUCAUAGCUGAGACAUGGGAGGAUGGACAAAUGUUGAAAGAUCUGAAUGCUCAACUCAGACAAUUGCUGGAAACCAAGGAGGUUAUCGAGAGACAGAGAAAGUUCCUUAAGAAACGACAGAAUGGUGAUAAGAGUGAUGGGACUGAAACAGAAUCAGGAGCACAGGAGGAUGAUAUCAUCCCCGAUGAGAUUUACAAGUCUCGCCUUGCUAGUAUCAAGCGGGAGGAGGAAGUAGUUCUGCGUGAGAGAGAGAGGUAUGAAUUGGAGAAGGGGCAGCUUAUGAAGGAGAUGAAGCGCAUACGGGAUGAAGAUGGUUCUCGUUUCAACAAUUUCCCAGUUUUGAAUUGCCGAUAUGCUCUUCUAAAUCUUCUUGGUAAAGGCGGAUUUAGUGAAGUCUAUAAGGCAUAUGAUUUGGUGGAUCAUAGAUAUGUUGCAUGCAAGCUUCAUGGUUUAAAUGCUCAGUGGAGUGAAGAAAAGAAGCAAAGUUACAUCCGACAUGCCAUGAGGGAAUAUGAUAUCCACAAAGACCUUGUGCAUCACCACAUUGUCCGGCUUUGGGAUAAGUUUAGAAUUGACCUGGAUACAUUCUGCACUGUUCUGGAAUAUUGUAGCGGAAAAGACCUUGAUGCGGUUUUAAAGGCAACACCUAAUCUUCCUGAAAAAGAAGCAAGGAUUAUCAUUGUACAAAUAGUUCAAGGCCUUGUAUAUCUGAACAAAAGAUCACAGAAGAUAAUCCACUAUGAUCUGAAGCCCGGGAAUGUUCUGUUUGAUGAGUUUGGAGUAGCAAAAGUGACUGAUUUUGGUCUUAGCAAGAUAGUGGAAGACAAUGCUGGCUCUCAAGGAAUGGAGCUUACAUCCCAGGGAGCUGGAACAUACUGGUACUUGCCCCCAGAAUGUUUUGAGCUUAGCAGAACUCCUAUGAUCUCAUCAAAGGUUGAUGUAUGGUCGGUUGGUAUACUGUUUUACCAAAUGCUAUUUAGAAAGCGACCCUUUGGACAUGACCAAAGCCAAGAGCGGAUACUACGAGAAGACACAAUCAUUAAAGCCAAAAAGGUGGAGUUCCCAGCAAAACCUGCCAUAUCGAAUGAAGCAAAGGAUUUGAUUCGACGGUGUCUAACAUAUAACCAAGCAGAUAGGCCUGAUGUUCUAACACUGGCACAGGAUCCAUAUCUUUCCUACACUAAGAAAUGAGAGUGUACUGUAGUCUUCAUAACCAAAUCAGAGAUACUAAAGGACCAGGUCCUAGAUUUUUUUUCUUUUUCUUUUUGUAUAGAUUUAUAAAGUUUUUGUUUGUUUAUUUUAAUCUUUUAUCUCCCGACCUCUUGAACCAUAUUAAUUUCGGGUGAAUUUAUUCGUCUGUCUUCCUUAAAUUAUGUAAUAUGUUAUGUAUAUUCUUCAUGUUUAUUUUUAAUAGAACAUAAACUCGA